AUGAAGACAGUGAUGGUGAAAUCAAGAGAUCAUGGCAGAGGAUUAAAAGGUUAUGGUAGAGGAUCAAGAGAUCAUGGUAGAGGAUUAAAAGGUCGUGGUAGAGGAUCAAAAAAUCAUAGUGAAGGAUCAAGAAAUUAUGACAGAGGAUCAAAAGGUGAUCAUAGUUGUGAAUUAGAAAGUUGUGAUGAUGAAGAGUCAAAAGGCCAUG